CUUAAAUGUUUUCUUGGAGCCUUAAAGAUGGAAAUGACAGAAAUGACUGGCAUGUCUCUGAAACGUGGGUGCCUUUCUAUGGAAGAUGAUGACAGUGCGGCCCCAACUGAAGAGAUAAAAAAACAGAAGGUCUCUGAAUGCUGUCUGACCAAAAGACCAGAUGGGCUGCAGAAUGACUGCUUACCCAAUAGAGAAAAUGUGCCUGGGCCACCAGAACCUGUAAGUGCCAAGAGAGGCAAAAUGACUUCUGAUGAUCAGUUGGAGGAAGAGGAAGAAGAGGAGGAAGAUGGCCUUUCAGAGGAGGGGGAGGAGGAAGAGGAAGCAGAGAGUUUUGCAGACAUGAUGAAACAUGGACUUACUGAACUUGAUGUAGGCAUCACUAAGUUUGUAAGUUCUCAUCAAGGAUUCUCGGGAAUUUUAAAAGAAAGAUACUCCGACUUUGUUGUUCAUGAAAUCGGAAAAGAUGGACAGAUCAGCCAUUUGGAUGACUUGUCUGUUCCGGUGGAUGAGGAGGAUCCUUCAGAAGAUGUAUUUACAAUUUUGACAGCUGAAGAAAAGCAGCAACUGGAAGAGCUCCAGCUUUUUAAAAAUAAGGAAACCAGUGUUGCCAUUGAGGUUAUUGAGGACACCAAAGAAAAAAGAACAAUCAUCCAUCAAGCUAUUAAGUCUCUGUUUCCAGGAUUAGAGACAAAAACAGAGGAUAGAGAAGGGAGGAAAUAUAUUGUAGCCUACCACGCAGCUGGAAAAAAGGCUUUGGCAAAGGUCAGAACUGCAGCAGAUCCAAGAAAACAUUCUUGGCCAAAAUCUAGGGGAAGUUACUGCCACUUUGUUCUGUAUAAGGAAAACAAAGAUACCAUGGAUGCUAUUAAUGUACUAUCCAAAUAUUUAAGAGUGAAGCCAAACAUCUUCUCUUAUAUGGGAACCAAAGAUAAAAGGGCUAUAACGGUUCAAGAAAUUGCUGUUCUUAAAAUAACUGCACAAAGACUUGCCCACCUGAAUAAAUGCUUGAUGAACUUUAAGCUAGGAAAUUUCAGCUAUCAGAAAAACCCUCUGAAAUUGGGAGAGCUUCAAGGGAAUCACUUCACUGUUGUUCUCAGAAAUAUAACAGGAACUGAUGACCAAGUACAACAAGCUAUGAACUCUCUCAAGGAGAUUGGAUUUAUUAACUACUAUGGAAUGCAAAGAUUUGGAACUACAGCUGUCCCUACAUAUCAAGUUGGGAGAGCUAUUUUACAAAAUUCCUGGACAGAAGUCAUGGAUUUAAUACUGAAACCCCGUUCUGGAGCUGAAAAGGGGUACUUGGUGAAAUGCAGGGAAGAAUGGGCGAAGACCAAGGACCCAGCUGCUGCCCUCAGAAAACUACCUGUCAAAAGGUGUGUGGAAGGGCAGCUGCUUCGAGGACUUUCAAAAUAUGGAAUGAAGAAUAUAGUCUCUGCAUUUGGCAUAAUACCAAGAAAUAAUCGUUUAAUGUAUAUUCAUAGCUAUCAGAGCUAUGUGUGGAAUAAUAUGGUGAGCAAGAGAAUAGAAGAUUAUGGGCUGAAACCUGUUCCAGGGGACCUUGUUCUUAAAGGAGCCACAGCCACCUAUAUUGAAGAAGAAGAUGUUGACAAUUACUCCAUUCAUGAUGUGGUAAUGCCCUUGCCUGGUUUUGAUAUUAUCUACCCAAAGCAUAAAAUUAGCGAAGCCUACAGGGAAAUGCUCACAGCAGACAAUCUUGAUAUUGACAACAUGAGACACAAAAUACGUGAUUACUCCUUAUCAGGGGCUUACCGAAAGAUCAUUAUUCGUCCUCAAAAUGUCAGUUGGGAAGUAGUUGCAUAUGAUGAUCCGAAAAUUCCACUUUUCAACACAGACGUAGACAACCUAGAAGGGAAACCACCACCAGUUUUUGCUUCUGAAGGCAAAUACAGGGCUCUCAAAAUGGAUUUUUCUCUCCCUCCUUCUACUUAUGCUACCAUGGCUAUUCGAGAAGUGCUAAAAAUGGAUACCAGCAUCAAGAACCAGACCCAGAUGAAUACAACCUGGCUGCGCUAAGUAGAACCUUAUCCACAGAUGAGAAAAUGCAGACAACUGUUUGCUUACUGACUUCCUAUUCAUUUAUCUCUUAAUACAGACCCAGAUAUGGAUUUUGAA